UUGGGUUCUGAGGCGAGGGGGGUGAACGGAAGGGGACGUACAGGAAAGGAAAGGGCCGCACAUACACGUCACGGGGCAAACAGAAAAAUAUUGGGCAAUGUUUAAUUCCCACAUUUAUUUAUUCACCCCCGUUCCAGUGUAUGUUCGUGACGCUUUUGCAGUUUUAAGUGCAACUUCCUCUCCUCAUUCAUCGGUGAGUGCCCUCUGUCGUCAGCCUCACAGCCCGCAGAAGGGGGCUGACACUGUCACACAGCCACUGAACUUCCUUUCAAGACACAGCACAGGCGAGAAGAGCUGAAAAAAGAAGAACGACAUCGGGGGUUGUCAAGAGGAGAGGACACACUCCACUUCACAAGGCUUUUAAGCAGAGAAACGCUGCCGUUGUCCUCCAGCUGAGGGCGAGCAGAGACAGGUCUGGUGCUCUGCUAAUUAGCCUGCGUGGGUCCCUGCAGAGAAAGACAGAGAGCAGCGCAGCUAGCUGCAGCACGGAGCGGCUGCCACGGGGUGUGAGUAACUGAUGAGCUUGUUUUAGUCAUAAUCGGGACAUUUAUCUGACAAACAGAUGUUAGGUUGACUGAUGGGAGCCUUUAUCCGAUAGUCAUCCCUGCCUCCCUCUACCCCCCGUCGGACCCUGGCUCGGAUUCGCCACUCGGGCGCUGUCCUCGCCGGGGGGUGCCGGAUCACCGUCGCCCGGUCCAGCUAACUUCAGGCGGCGGUUCGGUCCCCUGACCCCUGCCCUGCCUCGCCUGUCUGCCGCUCUGGCCGACCCUAGCCGAGCCCGAACAUGGCAGGGAACCUGAAGAAAGGCGGGGGGCUUAUCGGAAUGAUGAAGGAUGCCUUCCAGCCACACCAUCACCACCUCCACUCCCAUCACCAGCCCGGGGCCGUGGACAAAAAGACGGUGGAGAAAUGCUGGAAACUGAUGGACAAGGUGGUGCGUCUGUGCCAAAACCCCAAAUUGGCUCUGAAGAACAGCCCCCCUUACAUCCUGGACCUGCUGCCAGACACCUAUCAGCACCUGCGCACCAUCUUGUCUCGCUAUGAGGGCAAAAUGGAGACUUUGGGGGACAAUGAGUACUUCCGGGUCUUCAUGGAGAACCUAACCAAGAAGACCAAGCAGACCAUCAGCUUGUUUAAAGAGGGCAAGGAACGCAUGUACGAGGAGAACUCACAACCCAGGCGGAACCUGACCAAGUUGUCGUUGAUCUUCAGCCACAUGCUGGCUGAGUUGAAGGCCAUCUUCCCCAAUGGUCUAUUUCAGGGCGACAACUUUCGCAUCACCAAGGCAGAUGCUGCAGAGUUCUGGAGGCGCGCCUUCGGGGAUAAGACCAUUGUGCCUUGGAAGGUGUUCCGUCAGUCCCUCCACGAGUUUCAUCCUAUCAGCUCUGGACUGGAGGCCAUGGCUCUAAAGUCCACCAUAGACCUCACCUGCAAUGAUUACAUCUCUGUCUUUGAGUUCGACAUCUUCACCAGGCUAUUCCAGCCUUGGUCGUCCCUCCUGCGUAACUGGAACAGCUUGGCAGUCACUCACCCAGGCUACAUGGCUUUCCUCACCUACGAUGAGGUCAAAGCGCGGCUGCAGAAGUUCAUCCAUAAGCCUGGCAGUUACAUCUUCCGACUGAGCUGUACACGGCUGGGCCAGUGGGCCAUUGGCUACGUGACAGCAGAUGGAAACAUACUCCAGACCAUUCCCCACAAUAAACCCCUCUUUCAGGCCCUCAUAGAUGGCUUCAGGGAAGGAUUCUAUCUGUUCCCUGACGGCCGGACACAAAACCCAGACCUGACAGGACUGUGUGAGCCUUCGCCUCAAGACCACAUCAAAGUCACACAGGAGCAAUAUGAGCUGUACUGCGAGAUGGGCUCCACUUUCCAGCUGUGUAAGAUCUGUGCAGAGAAUGACAAGGAUGUGAAGAUUGAGCCCUGCGGUCAUCUCAUGUGCACCUCCUGUCUCACUGCCUGGCAGGAGUCAGAGGGUCAGGGAACUGGGUGUCCCUUCUGUCGCUGUGAGAUUAAAGGUACAGAGCCCAUCGUUGUGGAUCCGUUUGACCCCAAGGACCCCAAGGAUAACAGUGGGGGCUCCUGCAGUCGUGCAUUUGGAGCUGAGGGUGCCCCUUCACCCAGCUAUGACGAUGAUGAUGACGACAGACUUGAAGACCCUCACCUCAUGAUGAGCAAACUUGCCUGUACAAAGGUGGAACGCCCACCGUCACCCAUGUCCAUGCCUCCUCAGUCCUCUCUUCCCCCUGUGCCUCCCAGAUUAGAUCUGCUACCACACAGAUCUCCCAACCCCCCUGGUGCCUCCAGCCCUGGGGUCACCAGCAAGGCAGCAUCUCACCACAAAGACAAGCCUCUCCCCCUCCCCCCAGCACUGAGGGAUCUCCCCCCUCCUCCUCCUCCAGACCGCCCCCACCCGCCCGGGACAGCCCCCGAUGGACGGCUGCAGAGGCGGCCAUUACCCUGCACUCCCGGGGAGCCUCCUCGAGAUAAACUCCUUCCUGCACCCCCAAAUCGGCCUCUGACUGACUGGAGCUCCAGGCCUGUUCCCAAGGCCCCCACAUCCUCCUCUUCCUCCUCCUCAUCAUCUUCCUCAUCCACCCAAGUAUCAAGUCUGGGAGGGGACAUCCGAGCAGGUGUUAGGGAACUAUCCAACCGGCACUCCCUCCCGUUGGCGCUGCCCUCCGCCCUGGACACACGCUCAGACUCACAGAAGAACAACAGCUCCCUCAGUCUGGAUCACCAGCUGAGUUUUUCAGGAGGAUCCAGUCAAGAAUAUGACAACCCCAAAGUCAAGCCCUCAUCCUCAGCCAACGCCAUUUAUUCACUGGCAACUAGACCUUCUCCAACCCUGAGGACAGUGACAGGAGAGGAGGCACAUGACAGCGAGGAGGAGUCGGAGUACAUGAUCCCCUCUUCUCGUCCCGUUCUGCCCCCAGUCACGGCACCUCCCGUAGGGGGGACCCCACCAAUCCCGAGGCAUCCACAGCCUCUGUCAGCACUCCAGACACAGACCCAAGCCUCUGCACUCAACUCACGGCUCACACUGGCUGAACAAGAGGAUGGCCCGCUAAUGUAUGAAGCCAUGUAUAACAUCCAGGCCAAGUCACAGCAAGCCAGAGAUUCAGAUUAUUCAGAGUUGCCCCCUCUGGCGAUGACCAAUGGUCCCAGAGACCAAGCAGCCGAGGACAGGGAAGAGGACGAAAAUGGCUACGACUACCCCAAACCCCGGUUGCCAAUGCCCCCCAGCCGACGGACCCUUUCAGAACUGACGGGUUCAUCUUCCUCGUCUUCAUCUUCCUCCUCAUGCUCAUCUUCCACGGCCACUUUCAGCCGCCUUUCUCUGGAUUCGGAUGCUGGAGCUGUAGCGUCCUUGUCAGAGCAGGGGGGGGCGCCAGAGAGACCUCCUAAGCCCCUGCCUAGACGAAUCAACUCAGAGCGUCGACACAGCCCUGUCCCACCCGUCCCAGCUCCACCCAGCAGUGGGGCAGCAGGAGGAGAAGCCAGCCCUCAAAUCAGUAGCGAGAUCGAGCACCUCAUGAGUCAGGGAUACUCUUACCAGGACAUCCAGAAAGCACUGAUGAUUGCACAGAACAAUAUCGAAAUGGCCAAGAAUAUCUUACGUGAGUUUGUUUCCAUUCCCUCCACCGCACAUGUUCUUACAUAGCACACUCCUUGUGCCUCUUUCUUGUGUUUGCUCUCUCGCCCUUGCUUGGCCCAGCCUGGCUGGGUUUAGGCUGGCACAGCCAAGCCCAAAACCCAAAGCCCAUUGCCUGCAGCACUACCUCUGGUGCUGGCUGACAUCCUACAACCCUGUGGAUAUUACUCCAGCAAGCUCACAGCAUCUCUGGGACUCUGUGCCCUGCACUCCAUGCGCUUUCAACAGUGUCAGGCCUUGUUUGAACUGCUACAGCAGGCCUCUUCGUUUUCAAGGACAGCAACGCAGGACUGACUGGGCGUGUGCAGAAACAAAGAUGGGCCGCCACGUGACGCGAGUCUUUCGUAGGAAUCCUGUGGAAGACUGACUCUUACCUUUCAUGUUGAAGCCUCUUGCUGAAAAUGUAACCAACACCUCACAAAAAAAAAACUAAAAAUGUAUGUCUAUAUGAAAAUUUAAUAUAUGAGUAAAUAUAUAUUAAAUGUGUGUAAUAUAUACAGUACGUGCAUAUAUAGUAUGUAAAAAGGAAUUCAGCUUUGAGGGCCGCUGUUGGUACAAGUGAUAUGGGUAGACGGGACCAGAUUAUUGGGGCAGGUUUGGCCUUUUCUGGUGGACUGAGGGAUGCACAACUGUGGAGAAACACAUGCAAGGAAGAGGAAGAUUCCGGGUGUCUUCCUCACCGGGAUGCGUUGGUCAGCGGCAGCUUAGACAAACACGCAGCAGAGCUUUUUCAUGAUGAAUUCAGUCUGUUAUGGCCUUUUAUUAACAACGUUGCUUUGGUACUUUUUUUUUUUUUUUUUUUAACGUGCUUCUAUUAUUGAAAGUAGCAUGACAAUGGUUUCGGGUCUGGACUGUUGUCUGGCUAUCUGGCCAUGUCCGUGCGCACGUGUGUUAGUGUGAGCGUGUGCGAGAGCGUGCGUGCGUGUCUGCCAGAUCCUACUCCUCAUGACCUGCUCUUAAACGACCUCCCUGUUCCUGUACAACAUGAAUGUGGAAUUACAGUCAGUAGACUCAGACUUGUGCUCUGUAAACAUACUACUGCUCGAACUCAUAUGGCAGGGCCUUGUGUAGCUGUAGAGUCUGGCAGUGAGGUUAGUAUAGGACGUACUAGUGUUGACGACCCUGCAGUACCAGACAGAUUAUGAUGUGUGAUCCGUGGUGGCCGAAACGUUUUCGUUCUCUCUCUGUCUAACUUCCUUGGCUGGCUGGUUCGGAUUUCUCCAUUCAGCUCGGUCCAGUGUUACGCAACAAAAAAAAAAAAAAUAUGUCAUUGAUUUACUUUGGUAAUAUAUUAUUGUAAUAUAAUCAUAAAUAUUGUUAUUAUAAUUAAUUCAGAAGUGCUUCACUGCUGCUACUAUUGUUAGUGCUAAACAAUUACGCCUUAAAUGUACAUUUGUGAAUAUUGUGUUUAACCGUUAUUCUGUUUCUUUAAAGUUUCUUUAUAGUGACAGUAUCACCCAUGUUUCUCCAGUCCAUAAUGUAGCAUACUUGAAAGUACAAGCGGCUUGUGAGCCUGCAGCUCUCUCAAGCUACUCUUCAGUGUUUUAAACCUUUUUUUAUAAGUAUAUUCUCUGUGAUUAUCUACAGGUAGACUCUCUUCAGCAACAGUAAUAAAGCAUACGAAACGCUUUCAGUAUGGAAACCAGCCAUUUUGUAACUUAGAUAUUUUCUUUGUGGUGGGGGGGGGCACCCUGUUGAAGGGAAGGGAUUGGUGAGGCUUUUUUUGUUUUGUUUUGUUUUGUUUUUUUAAAGAAGUAGGCUCAUGGGUUUGCUGGCCCACCCCCAAGUCUACAGUAAAAUCAGUAUUUGGGCCAACUGUAAGAACUAACUCAGGAAUUAUGUUUAUCUAAACAGGUGACGUUCACCCUGGCUGUCAAACACCAGAAGAGUCUCAUUGGCAUAGACAGCAGCUCACCUGUUGUCUGUGCAGCCAGGUGACAUGUAGCCAAAAAGUAUCCGCUUAAUGAAGUUACACAAGUAGCCUAUUACAUUUUGUUUGUCACAUUAUAACUUGCACAUUUUUCUUUAUUUCCAAUGUUCACAGGACUAGAGAUAGCAGCUUCAUUUCCAGGUACUAUGAAUGAAUUUGAUGAAUGCAAGGGGCUUUUGGGUACAUUGACUUGAACUUCUCACAGCAUAUGAAGAAGAAUGUUUGGGUGAUUUUUUUUUUUUUUUGGAUUUUGGGAGCCUGGGGGGUGAAAAAGAUUUCAGUAGCUAAUCAGUCCUAGCUUAUUCUGGGUAAUGCUGUCUGUUGACUGGAAGCUAUCUCUGCGCUGUCUCAGCAUCCUCCAGUUCUUUUUCUGUUCCUAGUUGCCUUGAGAAACUUCUUGAAUGACGAGUAGUGGACGGGGAGAUCCCCAAUCCUCAAUACUGUACCAAUGUUUUGUUGAUGUUUCAAGGACAGCAUGUCAUUGUAUUAAUUAGCCUUUAUUUUUGUUUUCGCACAGUAUACCAGUCUGUGCUGUGAUACUGUCACUCUAAAGAAAAACAAAUUGUAUAAAGUUAGUGAUAUACUGUUUUUUUUUUUUUUUCAUUUUUGCAUUCCUGUACAAGUACUUUGUUCCAAAGGUUUUGUUUACUUGUGUGAAUAAUUCUGUGAGCAGUGCCAUAUGUUUCAAGAUCCUCACCGUGUUUAGAAUAAGGCCUUGUUUUUGAGGAGGGUUCGUAGGUAUUGACCUGUACCUGUUGGUCCCUGAAGGCAGGAUUGUGCAGUAUUGCUCGUAUUCAUCUGUCCUCUCUGCCUUGUCAGCCGCAUCAAGCCUCAUCUGUGAGUGCAAGUGCUGAUCUGUGAAAUGUAAAAUAAAAGGAUAAACUUGGUCCCAGAUCAGUGCUCAGCCUCAGAGACACAGAAUGCGUACCAGCCCCCGCCCCUGGUACCCUCGGUCCCCUUGUUGGUGUACUUUCAACUUUAUGCCAGAAGAGGGAGCCGUUGUUACAUGUAGCCGUGACGCUUCUCAUCAGUAAAAAGGCAUUCAUUAACUUUUUGAUGGUUUUAAAGCUCAUAUCACUCUGGAAGUAUGCACAGUGCUGUUAAUAAAAUGAUAAGCAAACACCA